AUGAAGUCCUUCUCUGCUCUCGUAGCUGCUAUUGGCCUUGUCGCUCAGGUUUCUGCUCACUACGUUUGGCCUCAGCUCAUCAGCGAUGGCACCACCACCGCAGAGUGGGACUACGUUCGCCAGUCGAACAAUUGGCAGACUCUCAAUCCUAUGACCGACGUCACUUCUUCCGAUGUCCGCUGCUACGACUCCGCCGAGUCCGACACGUCGUCGACUCUCAGCGUGGCUGCGGGUUCUACUAUCGGCUUCACCGUCAGCGGUAACCCAGCGAAUCUCUACCACCCAGGUGUCGUGAACGUAUAUAUGGCUCAAGCUCCCAGCGGCACGGAUGUUGCGGACUUUGAUGGUAGCGGCGAUGUCUGGUUCAAGGUAUACGAAAUCUCUGCUGUUACUGACGGAGGCUCCACUAUCACCUUCCCCGCUACUGGCAUGAGUUCCGUCAAUUUCCCCGUCCCAUCGGAGACUCCGACCGGCCAGUACAUAGUCCGCAUCGAACAUAUUGCUCUGCACGUUGCUUCGACCUACGGCGGCGCACAGUUUUAUAUCGCCUGCGGCCAGGUCGAGGUCACUGACGGCGGAAGCGGCACACCUGGCCCUCUUGUCGCAUUCCCCGGGGCCUACACCGGAUAUGAGCCCGGAAUUCUGAUCAACAUCAACUACCCAAUCCCCGCGAACUAUACCCAGCCCGGCCCGGCCGUGUGGCCCGCUGCUUAG